AUGGGUGUGUUGAUGGAGAGUGAGAGAAAACAGGUAGGGAUACAUAAAAGAGAGUAGAGAGUAGGGUAGAACCGCGAAGUGAGAACAAGGGUAAAUUAAAGCAAGCGGGGGGGGGGUUGGGGGGGAGAGAAAGAGAAGGGGAUGUGAAAUACUACCGUACUUUACUUUGCUCUUUUACCGUAUUUUGUUUGAUGAAGCUGCUCUGCUUCAUCCUACACUACUUUCAUCAAAAAAAGCCACUUUACUAUAAUAUUAUACAAAAUAAUUUCAGAUGUCUCUAACCAACUUUUCUCAGCUAGCCACUUAUUUCUCAAGCCACUUUCAUCAGCUAUACCAAAACCAUCCUUGGCUGACAAUUCUCGGUUCAACCAUAAUUUCAUACAACUUAUAUUCAUGGUUGUUGGAAAAGCUGCGUUUGCCAAAUUUGGAAAAAAGAGCUGUUUUCAUCACUGGUUGUGACUAUGGAAUGGGGAAGCGAGCAGCUACUGAACUGGCUAAACUUGGAAUACCUGUUUUCGCUGGUUGCUUGAGUCAGGAGGUAUAGUAGGGUAGGGUGGUGUAAGAGAAUUUUUUUUAAUUUCGAAAAAAAUUUUUUAAUUUUUAAAAUUUAGUCGAUGACUCAACUAGAAGAAGAAACAAAACAUCUAAAAACUCCAGUAACUGCAGUAAAAUGUGACAUUACCAGUGAUGAAGACGUUAAAAAUGCCGUACAAUUUGUGAAAAGUCGACUGAUAAACGGUGUUCGUAAGUUUUAAUAUUUCAAAAUUUAAAAUUUAUUUUUAGAGCUAUGGGCAGUACUGAACAAUGCUGGAGUGUUCAGCACGUUUGGGCCUUCAGAAUGGUGUAAUAUUGACGUUUACAAAAAGGCAAUGGAACUGAACUUUUAUGGAGCUGUUAGGGUUUCUAAUGUAUGUCAAUUUUAGUCUAGCCUAAAGCCCAAAGCCCAGAGACCAAAGCCCAUAGCCCAGAGCCCGAAGCCCGAAACCCGAAGCCCGAAGCCCGAAGCCCUAGCCUGAAGCUCUAGCCUGAAGCCCUAGCCCGAAACCCAAGCCUUAGCCUAAAGCCUUAGCUUGAAGCCCGAUGGCCGUAGCCCUGGCCCUUGUCCUAGCCCAGCGUCUUAGCUCAGAGCCUUAGCCCAGAACCUUAGCCUAAAAAAGUUGUCUUACCCUACUCUGCUCUACUCUUUUCUACACUUAAAGCCUACUAUAACAUAAGCUUAUAUCAAUAUCUCCUACCUUCAGGCCUUUCUCCCCCUACUUCGUGAAUCUUGUGGCAGAAUCGGAGUGACAACAUCAGUAGCAGCCAGAAUUGGAAUCUUUGGUGGAACACCCUACUCCUCAGCCAAAGUUGCACUAAACCAUUGGGCUGAAGCUACACAUGUUGAAAACACUCUCUUCGGCAUAUAUCUUGGCAUCAUUGAACCUGGCAUCUUUAAAACUCUACUGUUGGACCGUGAAGCCAAAAGAAAGAGGGUGGAUUCAGUAUGGGAGACUCUUGAUGAGGAUAUCAAGAGUGUGUAUGGAGAGGAAUUCAAAGAGGAUUGUAAGUAUUAUACCCUGCCUGUGCCUUUCCUGUGCCUUGCCUGUGCCUUGCCUGUGCCUUGCCUGUGCCUUGCCUGUGCCUUGCCUGUGCCUUGCCUGUGCCUUGCCUGUGCCUUGCCUGUGCCUUGCCUGUGCCUUGCCUGUGCCUUGCCUGUGCCUUGCCUGUUCCUUGCCUGUGCCUUGCCUGUGCCUUGCCUGUGCCUUGCCUGUUCCUUGCCUGUGCCUUGCCUGUGCCUUGCUUUAAUCUAGUCUAGAUUACUAUAACAUGUCAUUUUCAGUCAUAGAAUCCUGGAACCGAGUGAUGCACGACCAAGGAAGUGAAGAUAUCUCACCAGUAAUUUGGUCGUACAUUCAUUUUGUGACUGCCAAAUACCCUAGAUUCCGUUACCAAGCCGGCUUCAAUUCGAAAUGGCUUUGGGGUAAACUGUCACUACUGCCAUCCAACUGGUUCCAUCACUUGGUACCAUUUAUUGGUGAUAAAGGUGUUGCACCUGCUUAUGUUAUGAAUGGUGAAAAUGGAAAGAAAGGAUUGUAG